GCGUCAACACGUGUUAAUGCUCUGUUCAAAAUGCCUUCGUGUGUGAUGAGAUAUUGUUUUAACAGUUCAUAUAAUACAAACAAAGCCCGAGGAGUGACUUUUCACCAGUUUCCGCAUCACGGCCACGAAAAAAGGGAGGAGUGGAUUAAAUUUGUACAAAAAAAUCGUAGUGAGGAUACAUGGUUACCAUCAGAGUAUUCACGCAUUUGUUCUAUUCAUUUUAAAGAAGAUGACAAAUACACCACAAAGACAGGACGAAUAUACUUAAGGAAAACAGCUGUACCCUGCAUUGAUCCUAAAAAAACCAGUGAACCAUCUUCAUUUAAACCAGAACCAUUGUCUGACUCAGUAAGCAGUUCAGAAUCAAUUUUCGACAGUCCGAGAACAAUUGUACUGAAGAAAAAAUUACUUAAGGAAUCUGCAGCUAGAAAGAAACUUGCUGAGAAGUUUAGGAUAUUACGACGUAAAAAUUAUUAUCUAAAGGAAAAAUGUGCCAGGUACAAAACUCUUGUUCGAAAUUUGACAGCUGAUAAAUUCGGUUUUGAUUUAAAUAAGACACCUGAUUUAAAUACGACACCUGAUCUAAUGGCGAAAGAAGAAGUUGUUGAGUAGCAUAAGUCACUGAAUCACUGAAUCAGCCAUCAAUAUUGAAUCAUCGAAUCCAUUUAAGUCGGGUUAUAAACCAAUACUCCAAAAUUAGAUUACAUCAUGAAGCAAAAACUGAUAAAACUAUUGAUUACUACACAAAACGACAAAAGCUUACUAAGUUGAUAUUAUUUAAAGGAAAUUAAAAUACAUAGUUUAAUAUAAAAUCCUCUUUUUAUUAA